CUGAAAUGGGCUCAUUUACUGUACCCCUAUAGAUUGGAUCUGUCAAUAUCCAUUUACAGAGACAAAGGAGUGCCGACGAUGGCUAAUCUUUUCGUUCUCAAUUUCCCAACGUGCAGUUCCAGCUUGAGGCGUGUCUCUGCUUUACCUUCAUCCAAUGGCGCUCAUCCGUUAUCGGCAGGCAGUGGACCAGUGAUCCUGGAGCUUCCUCUGGAGAAGAUACGGAGGCCAUUAAUGAGGACCAGAGCUAACGAUCCCGAUAAAGUCAAAGACCUAAUGGACAGUAUACAAGAAAUCGGGCUACAAGUACCCAUUGAUGUACUUGAAGUUGAUGGAGUUUAUUACGGUUUCUCUGGUUGUCAUCGUUACGAGGCUCAUCAAUGCCUCAGACUUCCUACAAUACGCUGCAAAGUUCGCCGUGGAACCAAAGAAACUCUGAGGCACCACCUACGUUGAAGUUUCAGUAGGUUGCCCGUUGGUAGUAAAAGUUGCAAAUGCCAUUUAAACUAUUUAUUACUUUAAAUGCCUACCAAAGCUUUUACUGAAUACCUGAAACAAGCAUGUGUACAUCACAUUGCAAGUAUUUAAUGUCGAAGUUUACGUGUAAAUAAAUCAUUAUUUGUCCUAACUCGAGAAUAAUGUAAGCGUUGCUGUCUUGAAACCGAGAGUAAUGAUGUCACUGAUGUUGA